AUGUCGCAACCGCUUCAAGAAGGCGCUGAAGUCCAGGUCCCCGUGGUGCAUCGUCAAUCGGACGGCUCGAAGAUUCAUGAGAUCGCCGGGCACAAAUUCAAAGCCGCCGUGCUCCAUCAGCCGACGUUCUGCGCGUUCUGCGCCAAAUUCAUCUUUGGCGUCGGAAAACAGGGCUACAAGUGUCUCGGUGAGCUUUUUUUUGCUCACAAUGCAAGGGCCUAGGCUCUGAGAAAUUGUGAAACACGAAAAGUACAAUAGUUCAAGGUCUCAACGAGUAGAUCACAGAUUUUGACAUUCAGGUUGUGAAACCGUCGUCCACAAGCGGUGCCACGCGUUCGUAACCGGUCGAUGCACCUUCGGACCGUCCUCGCGUGCUCCUCCGACGGCCGCGCCACAAGAUCUGGAGGUGCGUCGGCGUCGAUCGGCUUCCGAGGAGCCGUCCUCCAACAAUCAUCACUUUUCGGGACAUUUCUACAAGCGGCCGACGUUCUGCGAUCACUGCGGCAGCCUAAUGUACGGAAUCACGCGUCAGGGCGUCCGGUGCACGCAUUGUCACGCGAACGUCCACUGGAGAUGUCAGGAGAAGGCGGUGCACAAUUGUGGCAUUCAAGUUCAGUGA